AUAUGAAGAAGUUCUUCUCUGGACCACAGGAGGUGAUUGGUUCACUAAAUCAGUCUGUGACUGUUGUGUGCCACUAUGGUCAGGCUUAUAAAAGCCAUGUCAAAUACUGGUGUAAAGGAAACUUCUCAUCGUGUCGUGUCCUGGUGAAUACCACAGGGCUAUGUGAAGACCAGAGGAUAACUAUCAGUGACAACAUUUCAGCAGGAGAGUUCACUGUAGUGAUAUCCCAUCUCAAAAAGGAAGAUGAAGGAUGGUACCAGUGUGGAGCACAACAUGGCACAGAAUCUGACACCAGGGACAGUGUUUAUCUUACUAUCAAAGAUGGUUCAGAAUCUCUGUACGGGCCAUCAUUGGUAACUGGAGUCAUUCAGGAAUUUGUCAUCAUCAAGUGCCACUACAGUUUCCAAUAUACAUGGAAUAUGAAGUUCUGGUGCAGUUUCAGUGAUUUGUAUAUCUGUUUAACUCUGGUAGAGACAGAUGAAACAAAAAGCAAUGACAGAAUCUCCAUCACAGAUGACAAGACUCAAAGAGUUUUCACAGUUACAAUGACUGGGCUCAGAGAAGAUGACACAGGGCAGUACUACUGUGCCAUUAAGACCGGUGUAGAUAGUGCUGAAUAUUUUGGAGUGUAUCUCCAAGUCAAUCAAGGGAAGUUUACUAUGGCACGUACACAGACAUCAAGAAGCAAUGAAAAGUUCCAAACAACAACAUCUGCCAUCCUCAGUACACGUAUUGAAACACAAAUGAUUGUUCGUUCAGUCGCCUCAGGAGCCCUGAUUUUAUUGUCUUCUCUGGCUAUACUCAUUGUAUACAUUAAAGUAG